AAGAAGAAAUUAAUUAAACCCUGCUCCAUUUCGUGAAUUUUCAUCGGAAAAUUGAGAAAGCUCAAAAGAAAUCGAAGAGGAUGAGCGGGUUUCCGAUACCGAGAACUGAGUCAACUCACCAUCGACUCUACGAGUUCGCUAAAUCUGCCAUCAUUAAAAUCUUUGCCCACCCCUAUGCCACUGUAUGUGAUUUGUAUUGUGGAGGAGGAGUGGACAUAGAGAAAUGGGACGCUGCUCAAAUCACUCACUACAUUGGAAUCGAUGUAGCAUCAUCAGGAAUAAGUGAAGUAAAAGAAACAUGGGAGAGUCUGAAGAAAAAUUACACUGCUGAUUUCUUUCAAGCCGACCCUUGUUCUGAAAAUUUUGAAACCCAGUUGCAGGAAAAGGCCAAUCAAGCUGAUUUAGUUUGCUGUUUGCAGAAUUUGCAGUUGUGUUUUGAGACCGAGGAGAGUGCAAGGAAGCUUCUACAUAAUGUGGCGUCGUUGCUUAAACCGGGGGGUUAUUUUUUUGGGCAAAGUACCAGAAGAAUGUUGAAGCACAAGUUCAAAACUCUGGCAAAGUACCAGAAGAAUGUUGAAGCAUACCAUAACAGAAGCGGCAGCAUGAAGCCAAACAUUGUUCCCAAUUGCAUUCGAUCAGAAAGCUACAUGAUCACUUUCGAAGUAGAGGAAGAGAAGUUUCCAUUAUUUGGGAAGAAGUACCAGUUAAAAUUUGCCCACGACAUCUCUGCAGAAACCCACUGCUUGGUACAUUUUCCAAGUUUGAUAAGGUUGGCCAGGGAAGCUGGUCUGGAGUAUGUGGAAAUUCAGAACUUGACUGAAUUUUAUGAUGAUAAUAGAACUCAAUUUGCAGGUAUGAUAAUGAAUGCUGGUCUGAACCUGGUGGAUCCUAGAGGGAGACUUCUUCCUCGAUCAUAUGAUGUCUUAGGCCUAUAUACUACAUUUAUAUUUCAGAAGCCUGAUCCAGAUGUUGCUCCCCCUCUUACCACCCCACUAUUACAGCAUGAUGGUUACACUAUUGAUGAGAGCGAGUGGCAAGCACCUGAGUGGCAAGGAACCCUAUGGAGAGACGAUGAAAAGAAUGCACAUCCAGAGCAGCAGCCUCCUCCUCCUCCUCCACCUCUUGGACUUGGAAAGAUUAGUGAACAGAAGGGGAUAUUGGGUCCUGGCCCGGCAGAUUUACGUUUCUCAGAGGCACUUUGACCUUUUGGUGGUUAGAAGCAAGCUAGAGGGAUGUUGCAUGCGAUGUAAGAGGGGAGCUUCGUGGAGUGUAUUCGUUAACUGUAACCCGACUGUGAACAGGACAAAACCAUGCAAACCUGUAAUGUGUGUAGCCUAUGCAAUUACAACCAAUGAAGUGUUCGACAUUACUGGCCUUGAUGGAUCAGUAAAGGAAAUAGAAGGAUAAGAUUCAAGCACUUCGAAUAACGUUUUAGGAAUUCGAUCAGUAAAAGAAAUAGAAGGAUAAGAUUCAACAACUUGGCAUGACUUUUUAGGAA